AAUUUUAGCAUACACCCCCCAAUGCUUUCCAAUUAUAUAUAAGAGAGCUUCAUUUUUGUAUUUGACAACCAUGUAUGGUUGGCAUUUUAGUGUCAAAACCACCUCAGAUCGCUCUGCCCCCCAAGCUAAAAUAGCAUAUAGCCAAUUCUACAUACAUGCAAAUUUAACCACCAAUAUUUUAGGACAUUACCUUUGUUUUCAACGGUCUCAGAAAGGUAAAUAAAAGUUGGACUUAAAAGGAACCCUCGUUUUCAUCUUUGGUUCUUUUUGAGUUCCAACACCUUCCUUUGCAAAUUCAUUCUCAUCUUGGUGAAAGGACUAUUCAGGCUUCAUAAAGGAUCUUGAAUUCCAGGGCCUUUCUUGAAACAUCAAGCAUUAAGACACGGUUUGCAGGUGAGAAAAAAGAAUACAAUGAGCUUCAGAAUCAGAGAUAAUCAGCCCAAAGAUGCGAGUUCUCCAAGAGGAGAGGCUGCAGAGAUUGACACAAGGGCACCAUUCCAAUCUGUCAAAGCUGCUAUUGGUUUAUUUGGUGAAGUAGCUGUCUCCAGGGAAAGACGUUCUAAUUCUAUCAAGAGAAGAUCAUCAGAGAAUGUACUAGAAAAGGAGACUCAGCUUCUCUUGGCCCAAAGAGAACUGAACAAGAUAAAGAAAAAGCUUGAAAGUGCUGAGAAUACAAAAUCUAAAGCACUUAUUGAGCUUGACAAGGCCAAUGUGACACUUCAGGAACUGACAAAGAAGCUCACCAGUGUGAGAGAAUCUAAGCAAUCAGCAAUGGAAGCAGCUGAAGCUGUGAAGAAUCAGGCCAAAGAACUUGAAAGGGCACUAUCCCAAAAAGCUAUAGGAUAUGAAGCUUGGAAACAAGAAUUAGAACAUGCAAGAAAGGAAUAUUCAACCACAGUAAAGGAACUAGAUGCUUCCAAGCAAGAACUCAACAAAAUAAGGCAGGAUUUUGAUGCUGCAUUAGAGGCAAAAUUGGCUGCAUUCCAAACUGCAGGAGAAGCUCAGCGUUCAGCGAAAUUGAACUCUGAAAAGCUUAGUGAACUCUCAAAGGAAAUAGCAACCAUGAAAGCAUCAAUUGAACAGUUGAAGCUUGCCUCUUCACAGGCCCAAGAAGAACAAGCAAAUACCAUGAGAGAAAGAGAGGAGAAACUAAGUUAUUACAAAAGUGCAAAGGAAGAAGCAGAGUCGAAAUUAGUGGCUCUAAAGAAUGAGUAUGACCCUGAACUGACACAAAAUCUGGAGGCCAAACUUGCUGAAACAAGUGCAGAGAUUCAGGAGCUUCAAGAGCAGAUGAAAGACAAACAUGCUUCUGAGAUGGAUUCUGUGAAGCUGAUAACUUUGGAGAUUAAAGAAGCCACAGAGACACUGCAGCAAGUUUCUGAAGAAGAAACCUCCCUGAGGAACCUUGUAGCCUCCCUUAAGGAAGAAUUAGAACAAGUGAAGAAAGAGCAAGAGGAACUCAAGGAGAAGGAACACGCAGCAGAAGCUCUUGCUGCUAACUUAACUGGUGAAAUACAAAGUACCAAGGACGAGACAGAUUCUAUGGAGAACAAUAAUUCUGAUGCCAUUCAUCAGUUAAAUUUGAAAAUUGAGCAACUUUCAUUUGGGACAGAAAAUGCAAGAAGAGAAGAAGAAGAAAUGAGAACAAAAGCUCAAGAGCUGAAGCAAGAAGCUGAAAAUUCCAGAGCUGUGGCUGAAGAAAUGGAGCAGAAGCUAGAGGUUAUCUUGAAACAAGCCGAAGAAGCGAAAGCAGCAGAGCAAAAAGCCAUUGAGGAAAUGAAAAUGUUCUCUGACUCACAAGGUGGAAGAGUCUCAGUUUCAGAUUCCAAUGGUAAGAUCAUACUGACAGUUGAGGAGUUUGCAUCUCUGAGUGGGAAAAUUAAGGAAUCUGAAGAUUUGAUUGAGAGGACAGAAGCAGCUUCCAUGGCUCAGGUGGAAGCAAUCAACACAAGGAAAAUUGAAGUGGACAAAAAAGUGGAAGCUAAUCUUAAAGCAAUUGAAGAAAUAAAGGCUGCAACAGACUUGGCUUUGAGGAAUGCAGAGAUGGCAGAUUCUGCAAAACUUGCAGUUGAGGGUGAACUCAGGAAGCGGCGCAAUGAAGAACAGAAAAUGGAAUCUGAUUUUCAAUUCUCAGAUACUUCAAGGCCAAUAUCUCUGCGCAGCUAGAAGUGGAACCUUUCAGUAUCAGAUAUGUUGAUGAGUUCAUCAAAAGAAACACAAGAAAUUGCAGCAUUGGCUUUUUGCCUUUCUUGGGAGUUGAAAGAAGCUCUUUCAACUGCAUGAUCAUUCAUGUGUCAGCAACAUCCCAGUUUGCUUUGAAAGCAGUUUCAGUGUUUCCAUCAUCCAGGAAAAAAAACUGUGCAGAUGUGAAUGCUCAUUGUCAACAUUCUGGUUUCUCGAGUUCCUUGGCCCUUAUAGAGAAGACUAAGUUUUUCCCGGUUUCAGGGGGAAAAAAUUUAGAUGUAACAUGUUCUUUAGGUUUCAUUAUUUACAACCAUAUUAAGGUGAAGAAUAGAAGCUUGAAGUACAGAAAUAAAACGUGUAAAUUCGUUUCAUUCAACAUGUUUAUAUUUUCAAAAUGUAA